AUGACGGACACGCCCACCGCCGUCACCCCGACCACCACAGCUGUAUACGAAGACGCGGCGGAACGCUUCCAGCGGGAACGAUUCGAGCUGGUCGAGCAGGCCCUGCGCGACAAGGAAGCGAAACGCGAGGAGGAAGCAGGCGACAGCAACGGCGACAGCGACAUGGACAAGGUGGCCAAGUAUGCGCGCGGGAUGCACCCCAUGCUCCGGUACUGCAAGCCGUACUGGUGGCCGUACAAGACGUUUGCCAAGCAGAGGUGGCUCGGGCGCCAGCUCCUCGAGGUCAUCUGUUCCGAGUUCCGUGAUCGCAGUGUCGACUACUACCGCCACGCCCUCGAGUGUGGUGUCACCCGCGUGAACGGUGUCCAGGCGUACCCAGAGUACAUUAUCCGCAACAACGACCGCAUCGACAACACUGUCCACCGUCACGAGCCGCCUGUCAGCAACGACCCCGUCCUGGUGCUGCACAUUGACGAGGAGCGCAAGUUCCUGGUCGUGUCCAAGCCUGGCAGUCUGCCCGUCCACGCUGCUGGCCGAUACUACAAGCACACGCUGCUCGAGAUCCUGAAAGAAGACUAUGGGAUCAAGGCCUAUGCCGUCAACCGCCUGGACAGGCUCACUUCGGGUCUCAUGAUCCUCGCGCUGUCGGGCCCGGCAUCGCACCACCUCGCGCUCGAGUUCCGCGACGGCAAAGUGCAAAAGGAGUAUAUUGCGCGUGUGCGCGGCUGCUUCCCCGAGGAAGAGGUGGUGGUCGACCAGCCGUUGCUCACUGUCGACAGGCAGAUGGGUCUCGUCAUUGUCGCCCCCGAGGGCAAGGCCAAGACAAUCUUCAAGCGCAUGAGCUACGACGCCGAGCGCGACCAGAGUGUCAUCCACUGCAAGCCCGUGACUGGAAGGACCCACCAGCUGCGUGUCCACCUGCAGUACCUCGGCUACCCUAUCGCCAACGACCCGCUGUACUCGUACAAGGAAGUCUGGGGAGAGGACUGUGGUAAAGGCGGCGUUGCGCUGGCCGACCAGACCGAGUCGCACCAGGAGACGACGCGGCGUAUCGUCGAUGCGGCGAGGGCGCGUGCGGCUUCCCCCCCGCCUGUCCCCGACGACUCGGCGCGUAUGGCCGGCAACGAGGAGGCGCCCGAGGUCGGCAUCGCGGCGGGCACGAACCGCGACUACGACGACAUCAACAGCCCCGUGCGGCUGACGGAGCAGGCGCGCAGCGUCAUCACAAAGUUGCGGCAGCAGCGCGACGAGGCCGAAAACUGGAUCAAGUGGAAGGAGGUGCUGUGGUCUGCGGCCAAGGCGCGCGAGCAGCUGGACGAGGACGGCGCGUUCGAGGCGGCGGCCAAGCCCCGCCGCAACGAGAUCCCCCACUCGCGCAUCAACAACCGCGUCAAGCGCGAAAAAGUAAAGGACCGCAAGAUCAUCGAGGGCAUCGAGUCGCCGCUCACACCGCCGGCGUUCCUGCCCCCCGGGUUCUGUACCCAGUGCUACGUGCCCGUCCCGGACGACCCGGACCCGGAGACACUGUUCAUCUACCUCCACGCCCUGCGGUACACCACCGAGAGGCUGGGUACGUGGGAGACCCCGCUGCCCCGCUGGGCAGGCGAGAACUGGGACGGCGACUGGCGCGGGUGGGACGGCCAGCCGCCCGUCAACGUCGCGACAAGGUCCGAGGCCCCCAGCGGCGUCGCGACGCCGGCGGCGGAGCACGAGGCGGAGACCCCGGAGACCGCGGAGGCCGCGGAGCUGGCAGACGAGGCCGUGGAGGAGGAGACUGAGAAGAUCCAGGCUACAGCGUAG